AUGUCGAAUAACAAGAAUAUUAUGGAGGAAAAUCAAGAAGAUCAGGACAAUGAUGAUGUUUAUGAUGAAGAACCACCAAAGACUAUGCAUAUGACCGAUCCAAAUGCAGCUAAAAUUGAGAUCAACGCAUGGCGAAAACGUCAAUCACUCGCCUUUCAUCGUAAUCCACUUAGACUUAGAAGACGAAUGAGUCAAGCAUGUCGAGAUCGACUUGUACGAACACCAACUGUUAUUGCUAUGUGUGGAUUACCAGCACGAGGCAAAACAUAUAUCUCCAAAAAAUUGGCACGUUAUUUACAUUGGAUUGGAAUAAAAACCAAAGUAUUUAAUGUUGGUGAAUAUCGUCGUGAUGUUGUUAAAUCUUAUGCUGACAAAGACUUUUUUGAUCCUGAUAAUGCUGAAGCAGUAGCUGUUCGAAAUCUUUGUGCUCAGAAUGCUCUUGAAGAUAUGUGUAAUUAUUUAGCUGAUGAAGGUGAAGUAGCUAUAUUUGAUGCUACAAAUACAACACGUGAACGUCGUCGAGUUAUCUAUGAUUAUUGUGCACAUACAUUUUGUUUUCGUGUGUUUUUUGUUGAAUCCAUAUGUGAUUCAGUGGAUAUAAUUGAUGCUAAUAUUCGAGAAGUGAAAUUAAAAAGUCCUGAUUAUAAAACAGUUCCACAAGACGAAGCAGCUUCAGAUUUUCUGUCUCGUAUUAAACAAUAUGAAAAACGUUAUGAAACAAUUGAUGAUAAAACAGAAAAUAAUUAUUCAUUUAUAAAAAUAUUUAAUUGCGGUGAACGAUUUCUUGUGCAUAAAAUUGGAGGUCAUAUUCAAAGUCGUGUUGUUUAUUUUCUAAUGAAUAUUCAUGUUUUACCAAGAACAAUUUAUUUAACACGACAUGGUGAAUCAGAAUUAAAUCAACAACAUCGUAUUGGUGGUGAUCCACCAUUGUCAAGGAAUGGAAAAUUGUACGCGGAAGCAUUAGCAGAAUAUAUGGAUAAUGAAAAUAUUCCUGAUUUAAUUGUUUGGACAAGUCAAAUGCAACGAACUAUAGAAACAGCAGCUAAAAUUAAUGCUCCAAAAGAACAAUGGAAAGCAUUAAAUGAAAUCAAUGCUGGUAUAUGUGAAGGUUUAACAUAUGUGGAAAUAGCUGAACGUUUUCCAGAUGAAUUUGCUGCUCGGGAUCAAUCAAAAUUUUAUUAUCGCUAUCCAGGGGGAGAAUCUUAUCAAGAUCUUGUUGCACGUCUCGAACCAGUUAUUAUGGAAUUAGAACGAGCUGAAAAUGUACUUGUUGUUUGUCAUCAGGCUGUUGCACGUUGUAUCCUUAGUUAUUUUCUUGAUACAGAUGCUGAAGAUCUUCCCUAUACAAAAGUUCCAUUACAUACAAUUAUUAAACUGACACCAAUGGCAUAUGGUUGUACUAUGGAAUGUAUACCAUUACCAAUCGAAGCUGCUAAUACACAUCGUGAAAGACCAAAGAAUUGUCGACCAGAUCGAACAGUUGAAGAAGCAUUAAAUGAAUUUCUUGAACCGGAUACUACAGCAAGAGUUAUCCGAACGAAAAGUGAAAUAUUCUAUAAUAGUUGUGGAACAAAAAUUGAAACAAGAGAUGAAGAUGGAAAUCGUAUACAACGAUAUGAUAGUAUAAAUGCUGAUUCAUCACUGAAUAAUAUUGGCUCAUUAGUUCAAGAUCUGAAUGUAUCUAUCCCAGAAGAAACAAUAUGA